UACUGCAGCCGGUGCCGUGAAGGAGCCGCGAGUCUCGGGUCCCCCCACCCCCCAUCAUUUCACAGAGGCGGAAUGGGAGAUCAGACAACACGGACCCGUCUCGAUCGGCUAGUGCGCGAUGGUUUUCUGACUGACUGUAUGUCUGUCUGUGUGUGUCCCUGUGUCUUGCCACGAAUUGCUGCAGUGCUGUUUUUCCAGGUGUUGUGGUGCGUGUGUGAGUGUGUGUGUGUCUGAGUGAGUGAGUGAGUGAGUAAAUGUGUGUGUGAAUGUGAGUGCAUGGUGCUGUAGCAUGGUGCAAUUGGACUAGCCUAAGCCGGGGAACGGAGUCUGAUGUCACAUGUGCUUCAUCGGAGGAGACGGGGCAUCUGGAAGCUGGAUUUUGUGGAGGAUGCUGCGGCAAGUGAUACACAGAGGGCUCAAGGCUUCGUUCUACUGGCUCGGCUUAUUCGUUAGCAGGCACCCGGUUUUCUUCCUCACUGUCCCCGCGGUCCUCACCAUCAUUUUCGGAUCUACCGUGCUGAGCCGAUUCAAGCCGGAGACGGACCUGGAGGUGCUGGUCGCCCCUACUCACAGCCUGGCUAAGAUCGAGCGGAGUCUCGCCAACAGCCUGUUUCCCGUCGACCAGUCGAAGCACAAGCUGUACUCGGAUUUGCACACCCCGGGCAGAUAUGGCAGGCUGAUCCUGCUGGCCAAGUCCGGGGGGAACAUCCUGGAGCUGGCCGACCAGGUCUUGCAGGUCCACAAGCAGGUGUUGGAUUUGCGCGUCAAUUACAAGGGAUUCAAUUACACGUUCGCUCACCUCUGCGUGCUGAGCCACAGGGACAAGCACUGCCUCCUGGAUGAUAUCAUCACCAUCUUCGAAGACAUCCGACUGGCGGUGCUGUCCAACACCACUUUCCACAAGGUGCCCGUGAGCUACCCCAACACAACACUAAAGGAUGGCCGUGUGUCCUUCAUAGGCCACCAGCUGGGGGGGGUGUCCUUCUCGGCCAACAGCCGCGACCAGCAGGUUAAGUUUGCCCGCGCUGUCCAGAUCACCUACUACCUCCGCAACCACGGACCGGUGGUGCAGGAUGCCAUCGCCGAACGCUGGGAGAACGAGUUCUGCUCCCUGGUCAGCCGGCUGUCCACGGCCGAGGCGCCCCACGCGUCAGACCAGCUCCACAUCCAGUCGCUCACGUCCUUCAGCCUGUGGCGGGACUUCCACCAGACGGGCGUGCUGGCCAAGGGGGAGGUGCUGGUCAGCCUGGUGCUGGUGCUCCUGGCCGCCACCAUCUCCAGCUCCAUGCGGGACUGCCUGAGGGGGAAGCCGUUCCUGGGCCUGCUGGGCGUGCUCACCAUCUGCAUCGCCAACGUGACGGCCGCAGGGAUCUUCUUUAUAUCGGAUGGAAAGUUCAACUCUACACUGCUGGGGAUCCCAUUCUUUGCCAUGGGCCAUGGAACCAAAGGGGUGUUCGAGCUGCUGGCAGGCUGGAGGAGAACAAGGGAAAAUCUCCCCUUCAAGGAGCGCGUGGCAGACGCUUUUGCUGAUGUGAUGGUGUGCUACACCAUGACCAGCUCACUCUACAUCAUCACCUUUGGUAUGGGAGCUAGCCCUUUUACCAACAUUGAGUCAGUGAAAAUCUUCUGUCAGAGCAUGUGUGUUGCCAUCUUGGUCAACUACUUCUACGUUUUCUCUUUCUACGGCUCGUGCCUGGUCUUUGCCGGACAGCUGGAGCAGAACCGCUACCACAGUGUUUUCUGUUGUAAAAUCCCCUCAGUGGAGUACCUGGACCGCCAGCCCACAUGGUUUAAAACCAUGAUGAGUGAUGGCCAUGACUUGUCCACGCAUCAUGACAGCGUCCCCUACCAGAAUCACUUCAUCCAGCACUUCCUGCGUGAGCACUACACAGAAUGGAUUACCAACACCUAUGUCAAACCCUUUGUGGUCAUUCUAUAUCUCAUCUAUGCCUCUUUCUCAUUCAUGGGAUGUUUACAAAUCAGUGAUGGCUCAAACAUCGUGAACCUGCUGGCUAGUAACUCUCAGAGUGUUUCGUAUGCACUGACCCAGCAGAAGUACUUCAGUAACUACAGUCCUGUGAUUGGGUUUUACAUUUAUGAGCCCAUUGAGUACUGGAACUCCACGGUGCAGGAGCACCUGAAGACUCUAAGUCAUGGCUUCAACAAGAUCUCUUGGAUGGACAACUUUUUCCACUACCUGCGGGUGGUGAAUGUGAGUGCUUCAACCAAGAGCGACUUCAUCACCAUCCUGAAGGGCUCCUUCCUGCGCAGCCCGGAAUACCAGCACUUCACUGAGGACAUCAUAUUCUCCAAGAACCGUGAGACCGAUGAGUAUGACAUUAUCGCCUCCCGGAUGUACUUGGUGGCACGGACGACAGAGAAGAAGCGGGAAGAGGUGGUAGAACUUCUGGAAAAGCUGCGUCCGUUGAUGCUGAUCAACAGCAUCAAGUUCAUUGCCUUCAAUCCUACGUUUGUGUUCAUGGACCGCUACAGCUCCUCCGUCAUCUCACCCAUCUUGACCUCAGGCUUCAGCGUACUCACAAUCCUCAUCCUCACUUUCUUUCUGGUCAUCAACCCCUUGGGGAACUUCUGGCUCAUCCUCACGGUAACGUCCGUAGAGCUGGGUGUCUUGGGUUUGAUGACCCUCUGGAACGUUGGCAUGGACAGCAUCUCAAUCCUGUGCCUUAUUUAUACACUCAACUUUGCCAUGGAUCACUGUGCACCACACCUGUACACUUUUGUGCUAGCCACCGAGCACACUAGGACGCAGUGCAUCAAGUUGGCACUGGAGGAGCACGGGGCCGCAAUCCUGCAGAACGCGUCCUGCUUUGUGAUCGGGAUCAUGCCCCUGGUGUUUGUGCCUUCCAAUCUGACCUAUACACUGUUCAAGUGCUCCCUUCUCACCGCGGGCUGCACCGUGUUGCACUGCUUUGUCAUCCUGCCCGUCUUCCUGACUUUCUUCCCGCCGUCCAAAAAGAGACACAAGAAAAAGAAACGGGCCAAGCGCAAAGAGCGGGAGAGGGAGCGGGAGAGGGAAAGAGAGAGGGAGGAGAUAGAGUGUAUCGAAGUCAGGGAGAAUCCUGAUCAUGUCACAAAUGUCUGAGUAGUUUGUAAUUUUAGCAAUGAGUACCAGUGGUUAUCCGUCAGUUAUUGGUGGAUUAGAGGUAUUCUCCAAUGGUGAGUUUCCUCUAGAGGUGCAGGGGAGUCCGAGAUGUCCCAUGAGGAGUGGGAACUGGUCAUUCCCAACCAAUAGCAGCUAGGCCGGCCAGAGUAGAGCGCAGCCCCGCUGGUCAGUCAUUCAGUCCUUCAGUCUGGACAGUGUAUCUCAUAUGCACAAACUGCAAUAAGCUCACGGUUCUAAACCUCUUCCCAAACUAUUUGGUUUGUGAAAAAAAGUUAGUUCCCAGAUCCAAUGCUUGCUAAAUCUGUAAGUACAUUCUAAAGAAACAAUGUUACUCCACUAAAAUAUUAGCAAUUUUAUGAUCAUCUCCCUAAGCCCAUAUCUCAAAAGAGGUGAGUGAGGAUCAUAGCAGUCUUUUAAGCCAAGGACAUACAGUACAUGUUGGUGAAAGUAGUUGUAGUAAGUGUGAUCAUACAAAAGUGUACAAAUUAAACUAUCCAUGCAUCUUACUCACACCUGGAUAGCAGCAACUUUCCAUUACCAAAUUCUUUGGAAAGAGAGAAACUGUGAAAGCACACUGCAAGCUUUUCUGUGACAUUAAAUAUAGCUGAACAGCUGAACUUGGCAGAUGGCAUACACUGUGUCCAUUAUGAAGAAUUAACUUGCACAUUGCAUUGUGAGAAUAGAACUGUUGAGGUUUAUAUUAGCAGGAGACACAUAUUUCUGCUUUUUUUCAGAGAUCUUAUAAGGUUGUAUGCAAUGGGAAAAGGAACUGCAGUGGGCUGCAGCUAUGUAGAGGAAGUGAUAAGUGACUGUUGUGCAGCAGAAUUUGAAAAUGCAGUAAGCUCGAGUAUGACUUAAGUAACUGCUUUUGCACCAGACCAGUAAAACCAAAAGUGAAGAGUGUUUCAAAGGCUUAAAAUAUUUAAUUUUCUAGCAGGUUGAUAACAAUGGACAGUUUCUGUGAGAGUGUGAAUGUCUCUGGGAUCCACUUAAAAAAGCUUACUGGCAUGGGACUGGUAACUGGAAGGUCUGAAUGGGAUUCAAGCUAGCAGUGGUGCCAAAUAGUGUACAUAUUUCUGUGUUUGACAGAGGUCUAUAACAACAACAAAAGGCUCAGUAAGUUUGAACUUUCAUAUAAAUCAACCAUUAAUCAUGAAUUAUGCAGGAUAAUUGAAAUGAUUGCUAUUUAACGUUGUUGAGGUUUGUUGAGCAGAUUGUGAAGCAGGCUUUAAAUGAAAACGUACACUGUGUCUGAAGUGAAACUAGAACCUCCGAGUUUUGUUCCAGAAGAAAAUGGCAUUCAAAAUUCUUGCCAUUUGUAAUAAAUCAAAUGACUAUAAAUCCAGCCCCACAACAUAACCUGUUGUAUGUUGUUCACUCCAUUUGUUUAGACAUGAAUAGUAUGUUUUACAAGAAAAAUGCAUAAUCAUUGUUAAUUUAAUAUGUGUUUUACCAGCCUUUGAAGCUGCACUUAUUAAUAUUUUUACGUUGAUAAUGGAUCAAAAGACAAAAUGUAGAUAAAGGUGUCAAUCCUAUUGACCAGGUCAGGUUAGCUCAUUAUGUUUUGGCCAGCCACCUAACUGUAUGGUCCCCCCCAUAUACCCUCUCUUUGCUAUCUUCCCAGUGACAAACAGCAGACAGACAGAGUUGUUUUACACAGUGGUGCAAUUACAACCCUCAGGAGUUGGUGGAGACCAAAACAGAGAUUGAAGAAGAGUGUAAAUUGGACUUACAUUGGUCAGGCUUUCAGAAACACAACACCAAGUGAUUGCUAAUGUUGCCCUGUAUCUGCUGGAUGUGUAAAUAAGCAAUUUCUCGCUAAUACAUGCUAACUUCUUGAGGUGAUCAUUUGUCGAGAUGUGUUUUUCAGCAAGACCCCACUUAACCAAAAAAAUGCUGCUUUAUUGAACAACAUUGCCCCAAACCUAUGACCAUUGUGGGUUUAAUUCAGCAGCUUGAUAGACUAGAUAUGACAGAUACUAGAUAAGGAAGAAACAGUUAUGAUUUUCUAUAAUAUGUGAAAGGCCAUGAUAGAAAAAUGUCAUAGUUUUGACAGUUUUUUAGGGGCAUUUUUGCCUUUAAUGGAUUGGGUAGCUAUGAAGGGGAGGGGGGAGAGAGAGGUGGAAGACAUGAAGGAAAUCCUCACAGGUCAGACUCAAAAGCUGGACCUUCAGCAUUGGGACAUAAACCAAAUGAGCUAUCCUGGCCACAACAGUAAUUUAAAUGUUAACAAAUCCAAAAUGUUACUUUUUGGAUAGUAAACCCCAUAAAGCAAAUUUAAAUUUCCUAAGAUGAUGAAGGCAUGACCUGCCCUACUCUGCCUAGUAAUCAUUGCCUUCAUUGGUUAGAUUGGUUAUGUUUAGGCAUGAGGAUUGAGAAUAGUUAGGGUAAGAUAACCAGGGUAAGGCAAACUAAAGACACCCUAAAAGAAGAGAUUCUAUUGAGUUACAAAUGGGAGUGCCUAGUCUAGCCUGGAAGUGGCUCUCUAUUGGUAAGAUUGCAAAACUGAAGGUGCUGACCACUGCGGCCACCUAUGUAGUGAAUGAGUCUAUUUUUGCCCUUAUACUUCAAAAACCAUUCCAUCAAAAAUGCUCCACAUACCACAAUACCCUUUCAGUCUUAUAAGUCUAAAAUGGCUGCUGUCUCCCCAGAGAGUAAAUAUUAUUAUCUAUGUGUGCCAAGAUCUGAUAAGACUCUCUGUUGCAGUCCCAAAACAAAGACGGACGAGGUCAGCAGCUGUGACAGAUACCAAUCUCACGCUGACCUCUUGCAGGCAGAUCUUAGCUGGUUGCAUGAGAUAGAGAGGCCCCGUAUGAGAGAGCAGAUGUGGCUGAUUGCAGACCAGUCAAUACCUCGUUACGGGAUUGUCAUUGAGGGGACAUGGUUGUCUUGCUUCUUUGUGAUGCCACUGAGAAAGUGAAUGGCUCUCACAGAGGACAGUUAAACAGGCAGCUGGGGGUAGAUUAGAACGAUCAUAUUGGACCAAAUGUCACUUAGAAAUAUGUGUUUGUCAAAGAAGUGAGUGAGGGAAGAAGCUUGUCAUUCAUUAUCAAAAAGGCUAAUAAACCCACUUCUUUUCUAAACUCAUCAGUAAACAAAUGAGAUGCAAUUGUGAAAAGAAUCAUUGUUUAGUGGAGAAGGGAAUGUCAUAUGAAAAGAACCUUAUAGAUUCCAUCAACCAAACGUUGCCCUACUUAGAAGGGAGGGGUCUUUCCAGCAGCAGCUGCAGUGAACAUCACAUUAUGUAAAAGUUAUGUCAUGUAUGUAUAGCAGGAAGGCAUGAAAUGUUUGAAACACGGAAAAGAAUUGCAAAUCUUAAAUAAUUUACUUGCCAAAAUGAACCGUGUUUGCAUGGCACUGUACUGUAUGUAUGCAUGUAUUUAAUUUUUCUGUAUGAAGUCUACGUAUUUUUUAAUUUUUGCUACAUUGUAGUGACCUAUGUUUGUUGUUUUGAUGCAUAUUCUGUAACACCAUGCUGCAAAAGAACAAAUUUAGUCAUAUCUGUUCCAAAACAAAAGCCAGAGGAUAUUUCAUGUGUAAAAUAACUGUAAAUUACUUUUUAUAUAUUUUCUAAGAAAAAAUAUAAUAUAGAAAGAUUUUUAAUGACAGAAUUUUCUUAAAAAAGAAUAAAAAGGGGAAAAAGUUAAACACAGUAGGCCAGUAAUAAACAGUGGAAUGUUA